GGAUUCAGUAACUCAAAUCGCAGCCCCCUCUUUCGGUAAGCGAGGGUCUUCCCUCCAAAAUCAAAGACAUGUACUGUACGCUCCCAUUUCCUUGCGCCUGUUCUUUUGUUUUUCUUUUCAUAAGGCUAUAUAUAUCAUGUAUAAAGAAUCCAGGAAAAUCCCAAAUGCGGCUUAAUUUUGUGAAUGGAAUGAAAAGUUCUUUGUCAACUUCCUAGGAGCUUUCUGUUGACCACUGAGAUCCGUACCAAAGGGCUACAAUUCUUUAUGGCGAAGCAUUAAAAUUUACUCCCUUAAAAUCUUUUAGCAGCAACUUCAUCUUAACUACGAAUCCAUAGUAUAUUUCACAUCACUCCAUCCAAACCCACAAAACCAUUUUCACCAUGGUAGAACGUCCCAGAAUAUUCAGACCCAUAAUGCCCACCACCUCCCUUGCCCAAAUAGCACCUCCCGACCUCCUGGGCGGCAGAAAACGCAACCGCAUCACCCGAGUAUCAACCAGCGAUGGUUCAGCUAUUACGGAGAUGGUUGACCAUAAAGGAAAAAGAUAUAAAACUGAGGUCGAGAAUCCUAGCCACUAUGCUGCUACCACUAGAGCACCCCCUCGUCCACCCAUUGCUCGUCCCGACCCUGAUAAAUUAGAAAGUAAAGAAAGGACGGAGAUGGAACGAAGGCAAUUUGCUCCGUUGACGGCUGAUUGGUUUGUGAGGAUCUUUGAUCAGCUGUAUAGAGUGGAUGAAGACAUAUGGGGCCAGUGGGCGGUCGAUUUGGAUAAGAUGAAAUUGUUGCGGAGUGAUUUUAGGUUUCUGAUGAAGAUUCUUGAUACCGAUCCUGGUAAAGCCACAGAUAAUUUUCAAGAAUUGGGUCAUGUGCCGAUGACUAUUGUUGACCUAGUAAGUUAGCUAUUGCUUAGCGUCCUACUCAUGAAUAAUGGACUUGGUACGUUGGUAGGUCGUACAUGGACACUGACUGCAAGGUUUGGAGACAAUUACUGACGUGAUAACUUGUGCAUUAGUACAUUUAUCUGGCCUGUGAAUACAGGAACAGAGCAAUAGCCAGGACGCUCGAAGGCGGCGACCUGUCCGGUAAUAAUCCAACCAAACAAAAGGUCAGUUGCAUACUGAUCGACUCUCAAAUAUUGUACUGGAAUCCAGACAAGGGUAAGUUUGUGGAGCGUGAAGAUCAUGAAGGAAACGUUACAAAGACAUUUGUGCAGCAAGACCUUCCCUUGGCUUGGCAAAAGACCGAGGAGGCAUUAGCGCGAUAUGACGAUGAAACUCUGCACAAUCUCGACUAUCUGUUGAUUCCAUACGAAUAUAAGGCUGCGCAUACAGUUCUUCUAGGGAUAGCACCAAAACAAAAAUUCUGCUUUCAUAUCGACAACGCCGGAGUUUUGAAUCCUAGAUAUCUGGAUACCACUUGGAAGAUGGAAACUGCCUACCACCACACAUUCCAUAUGAAUUUACUUGAAGCUAUUGUAUACUCAAGGUUCAAUAAGGGAAUAUUCGAUACUGUUGAGCUUCCAUUAUACGGACAAUGGAAUUACCGGACGGACCAUAGAUUUGUUGGUAGUCGAACAACAGAUAAUAGUCCUAACGCGUCUCGACAGGAGGAUGUACAUAAUUGCGGUAUGAUAUGCAUGACCAACGCGAUGAAUCUGGUGUUCGGAUAUGAUAUGAUGUGUUAUAGUUGUCGAGCUGGUGACAUAUCCGAUCUACCUCCACGGACGGGUAAGAGACCAAGGGUUGCGGCGGAAUUUCUCAAUGGUGGUUUCAAUAAACCAUUUGAUUACCCAUUGUUUAAGAUCCCGACGAAAUUGCAAGAACUCGCCAUAGAUACAUCUUAUAAGCAUAACCUGAGACCACCUGCUCCUACAUUCAGUAGGAAAGAACAUGAAGAAGAUCGGGACGGAAAGGAAAUAGAGGAGACAUGGAACGAAGAGGAUGAGGGAGACGAUGACGAUGACGAUGACGAUGACGAUGACGAUGACGAGGACAAGGGUGAGGGUAAGGGUGAGGGUGGGGGUGAGGACGGGGGCCAAUCCAGCCAAGCAGGAGCACGAACCAAAGUCAAAAAAGCCAAUAAGGAUAAAAAAGUCAAAUGGUCUGGCCAAAAUGCUUUAGAUCCCGACCCACUAGAUCCAGAUCCACCAGAACCUGAAUCUGCAGCUGACGAGAGACCAAAACGAGUCCUUUGGCCCGCUCAAAUGGAUCCUACUAGAACGGGAAAAUGUGGGUUUAUAUACGCAAUAGAAAACCCGCGGUUCACGCAUCCGAGAUAUAAUAAUAGAACUGAAUGCAAGAGGGCAGCCGUAGCAAACCAAAUGGAAGACUGGAGAAUGUGGGAUGAUAUGCCUCUGCAUAUGUUUAAAGCUUGGAUGGAAAAUGUAAUGGCGGGGAGGGAAGAUGAUCAGUUGACUCCGUGGAUCGAUGCACUCAAGCUCGAUGGCCCUGAAGUUGUCCCCAAGCCAGAAGAUCAGACCAGAACAGGGACGAGUGAAUAA